AUGCCUGGCCACGACCUGGUGAAAAUCGGCCUGAUCAUGACAACGGUGGUGACCUACACGAGCAUGCUGGUGAUGAGCGAAGGCGCAGCUUCAGGAGUAUUCAAAGGUGUAUUCCGCGCUUCUAGCAGCAAUCUCUCGCGCCAGUUCGACACUGACUUCACUCCAGCUCCCUGGGCUUUCCAGGUCUGGAACAUCGUCUACCUGUGGCAAUACCUGUGGCUUGGAUACGUAUUAUCCAGACUCUUUCGAAGGAAUGAACACGGCUGGGUCUACAUGCAGCCGGAUAUCCUGCCGAAUUCUUUCUUCCUCGUCUGGGUGCUGAACAAUCUCUUAAACAUUGAACGGCUGUUUCUAUGGGAUGGAAUGCAUUUACUUCCCACAUUGCUCUUGAUGAUGCUUGUCACGUCCACCAGUUAUACGGCCCUCAUUAUUUCACACCGGGCUUUAUACCCCUAUACGGACUGGUUACAGAAACACAGCUAUGGAGAUCUAUUGCUCAUCCGGUUAUUGGUACAAAAUGGAAUUGCUCUUUACGCCACGUGGAAUACAAUAGCCACACUCCUGGACUUCACCGUUGUAUUAGUCUACAUUGGGGGCAUGGACAACGAGACUGCAACCAUCAUCUCUCUCUGCAUCCUGUUUUUUGGGCUGAUUGGGUGGUUCUAUCUGGAAAACUUUGUGCUGGAUAAGUACGUGCGUUAUGAUCUCACCAUCUACCCAGGUGUCCUUUUGGCGUUGGCUGGUAUCUUGAAAAAGAAGCCUAUGUCUUACUCUCCAAACUCGAUCAGCAUCUUAGUAGUUUUGCUCCUGGUCAUGACUGGGGGCCUGGGGGCCAUCCGGCUGAUCGUUGUCAUCGACAGAAACAGGAAAGAGUCUCCGAAUGAGCCACCUCCAUUGGCAAUGUGGACCAUUUCCUGA